AUGGCAGAACCUUCAUCACCACAACUAAGAAAAGGCAAAAGGAAACGCAUGGAUACACCAGAUUCUUUCACCACUCCAUGUGGACACAACUUCUGUAAGAACUGCCUUACACAGUGCUGGGAGAAGAGUCAACACUGUCAAUGUCCAUUAUGUAAAGAGAAAUUCACCAAAAGACCUAAACUGAUCAUUUAUACAACACAACAAUCAUUUGCAGAUUACUUCAAGAAGAAAAGUGCUUCUGACAAACCUGAGGUUCUUUGUGAUGCCUGUACUGGAGAGAAGCUGAAGGCCCUGAAAUCCUGUCUGGACUGUCAUGCAUCUUUCUGUAAAACUCAUUUAGAGCCACAUGAUUAUGUUCCAAGCUAUAAGAAACACAAACUAAUAAACCCUGUCAAGAAGCUGGAGGACUACAUAUGCCAGAAACAUGAGAGAGCUGUGGAGCUGUUCUGUAGAGAUGAUCAGACGUGUGUGUGUCAGUUCUGCACUGAGACAGACCACAAAAAUCACAACACUGUUCCUAUAGAGGAGGAGAGCAGAGAGAGGAAGACUCAGCUGGUGAAAACACAGACAGAUGUGCAGCAGAAGAUUCAGGACCGAAUGAAGAAGAUAAAUGAAAUCAAACACUCAGUAGACCAAAGCAAAAGAAGCACAGAGAAAGAGAAAGCAGACAGUGUUGAAUUCUUCACUGCUCUGUGUUGCUCCAUUGAGAGAAGUCAGGCUGAGCUGCUCGAGGUGAUGGAGGAGAAGCAAAAAGCAGCAGAGAGGCAGGCUGAAGGACUCAUUAAAGAGCUGGAGCAGGAAAUCACUGUGCUAAAGAGGAGAGACACUGAGCUGGAGCAGCUCUCACACACUGAGGAGCAUCUCCACCUCCUACAGAUUUACUCCUCCAUGUGCAGCCCUCCACACACCAAGAACUGGACUGAGAUCAGUAUUAACACUGAUCUGAGUGGGGACACUGUGAGGACAACUCUGUCUCAGCUUCAGAAGACUCUGAAUGAGAAACUCAAUAAAACAUUCAAUGACAAGUUAAAGGAAACAGAACUGAAGAGGAUUCAGCAGUAUGCAGUGGAUGUGACUCUGGAUCCUGAUACAGCUCAUCCUAAUCUCAUCCUGUCUGCUGAUGGAAAACAAGUGACAUGUGGAGACAAACAACAGAAUCUCCCUGUUACACCACAGAGAUUUGAUCAGUGUCUUAAUGUUCUGGGAAAGCAGAGUUUCUCCUCGGGGAGAUUUUAUUAUGAGGUGCAGGUCAGAGGGAAAACUAAAUGGACAGUAGGAGUCGCAAGAGAGAACAUUAACAGGAAGGGAGACAUUACACUGAAACCUCAGAAUGGAUUCUGGACUGUGUGGCUGAGGAAUGAGAAUCAGUAUGAGGCACUUGCUGGUCCCUCUGUUCCCCUCACACUGAGAAAGAAGGUGGAGAAGGUGGGGGUGUUUGUGGAUUAUGAGGAGGGUCUGGUCUCCUUUUAUGAUGUGAAGUCCAGAUCUCAUAUCUACUCUUUCACUGGUCAGUCUUUCACUGAAAAACUCUAUCCUUUAUUCAGUCCUAAUUUAAAAGGAAGUAAAAAUUCAGCACCACUGAUCAUCUCUCCUGUAAUUAAGACUGAAUGAAUUUUCACCUAACAAAUUUAAUCAUCUAUUAAAUGGUGAUGAAAGAAAUAUCUGGUUCAUUUUAGAAAUACAUAUUCCUCUUUAAAGUGCUGUACAGAUUAUUUUAAUACAUGGUCUUUUGCGGCAGCAUGGUGAAAAUAAUGAAUCAUAUAGUCUGUUUAUUAUGAAUAUUACAAAUCAAAUGUUAAAAAAUAAUUAUAACAGUACACACUGAGUUUUACUGCAGAAUUUAAUCAGUCUAAAUGUUUGAACUGUACAAAAAAGUUCAGCUGUUGAUGUCUGUGUAGAUAAAACUGAACAAAUCUGUAUUUUUCACUUAAAACUAUAUUUUAUUUAGAAAUAAAAAAAGUCAGGCUGAUUCCCUUCUAAGAAUCAGACAUGACAAAAUUAAUUAAUCCUGUAUUUGCGGUCUUUUCUGCCAUCUGCUGGUGCAAAGGGGAAACGAUGUUUUCUAUAAGAAAACAAAUUCUUAAAGGUAGGACGACAGAGGGAGCCUUAAUAUUCAUGAGGAUGUUCUACCUGAUUGGUCACUGACACUAGUGCAAGAAACAGAAUUUACAUUUUAUUUAAUUUUCUGUUUAAAAACCCAGCUAGCUAUUCUUUCAUAAACAUUUCAAUAUUACCGUGGUUGUAUUUACUACAUUCUCCACACUGAAAUGAAAAUUAAAAUGUCAUUAUGUGAUAAUGAAAUCAUUUUGCUUGAUGUGUGGGUGUAGGAGCGCAAGAUGGCCACAAGAGGGCGGACGUCGACAAAAAAACCUCUCGCUCGGCGUUCCCAGUCAUUUAGCGCCCUAAGCAACUGCCUAUGUCACAGUCCGGGCUAUUAACAACCAAAGCAACUUAACUUUUAAACUUAACAAAUUUUGUGAUAUUUAGAUAUUUUAAAUA